AUGUCUAUUAUCCUGAAAUUGCCCUCCCCUCCUGCGGGUAGCAAGCCGGUUUACCCUCUUGAUGACCCAUCCCUGUCUAAGCAGUUGGACUUCUUCAAGGCCAAAACGGGAAUUCAGGACGAUGGAAAAUUGAAGCUGCACUUAUGCCGUAUCCAGGAAAAAAUAUACGAGCUAUUCCCUUUCCCCUGUGUCUGGAAUUUCGACUUCGUCAGAGGGAAGUUAGUACACCAUCCUAUGUACCAGGACGUUAUCCAAUCUGCCAAAAACCAGACCGUUCCGCAACAGAUCUUUGUGGAUUUCGGAGCCAACGUGGGAUCUGAUUUGAGGCAAGUUGUUCAUGACGGGUGGAAGCGGGAGAACGUGUUGGCAAUCGAUGUUCUACCUGGUAUGAUCGAGUUGGGCAAUGAGCUCUUUGGCGACGUUGAUCAGCCUAUUCCUUACUUCAUCGGUGACAUUUUCAACGCCGAAGUGUUUGAUCCCCAUGAGCCGCCGGGGUCCCUCGAGGGCACACUGGACCUGUUCUCGUUGAAGGACCUCAACAGCUUGAAAGGGCGGGCCACGAUUAUCUCUGCAGACUUCAUGUUCCACCUGUUCGGGCAAAAAGACCAAGAGCGCCUGGGCGCUUGCCUUGCUCGAUUGCUCUCGAACCAACCCGGUAGCUCAAUCUUUGGGUUACAGCGCGGAAGUGAAAAUGCGGGAAUCCAAAAACUACCUUACGCCGCGGAAGCACACUGGUACGGCCACUCUGCAGAGUCCUGGAGAGCCUUUUGGGAAAAGAUCUUCGAUUCCUCUGCGGUCAAGAUAGUCACGGAAAUGAGAGAGUCGCAGGAGGAGACUCAAUACGAUUGCUUCAAUCGACUGAUUAGUGAAGGUGACCGUCAAGAGGACGAGAAGGAGCUGACUGCCUCCGAUGAUUUCGACAUCACCCGUCUCACAAGAAACAGACUUACUUCAUUCGUCAAAAAAUCCAUCGCCGGUCAGGAUGAUUUCGACUAA